UUACAGUCACAUACCACUAAUCCAUGAGAGCAGCAGAAUAACUAGUAGUUUCUCCCACAUCAUGAAUGCAAGUGAAUCCACUUAGAGCUUUGUUUAAAGUCUGAUUGCAGUACUGCAGAUUGCCAUUAUUACGUGUAGAUGCAUGUAAAUAUUGUAAAGCAGUGAUAUAAAUAGAAAUUAAUUGGUCUUAAGAUCUCAAAGAUUUACCCACAUUCAGUUCUAAAUCACUGCUGAAACACAACUAGAUUUUCAUUUGUUAGUAUGGAGACAUAAUUUCAUUAGCCACUGCAGCCAUCUGCCACUUUACCCUAUAGAUUCUAUGUUGUAAUCUACAUAACCAUGGUAUGUGCUGCUGUAAGAGGUGGGACCAAUGCCAUCUGCUAAGGCUUCUUGAAAGUUUUCAAAGUUACUGCUGGUAGGAUUAUGUGUGGUUUGAAUCAGAAUGUUUAUAUUUGUUUAUUCAAAGCUUACAAAAAACAGCAGUGAAGGGAUCAGCUCCCAUCACUGUCAGUGUGCAAUCUAAAUAGAAAUCCCGUUUAUGGUAGCAUAUCUCCAAAUCUGUUCAAAAGCAAGUAUCAAAUUACAUAUUAUGGUACCUAUUUUUGCACUGGAACUGGAAGGCAAAGGAUGAAGGUAAAAGCACUACAUCAAGGCAAAUAGAACAGUGAAGAAUGGAUGCCCUUCUAAAUCAAAAUAAAAACACCAAUUUUGUUCUUCUGCAUGACUGCCUGCCUUGCUGUGAUUUAAUUGACUGUUAUUUUUAUUUACCAGAUGAACAGACAAUACGAGUAUUGUGUUGUCAAUCAGUAAAACAGGAGAAAACAGCAAAAGAAAAAAAUAAUUCAGAGUAUUUACUGACUUAGCAGUUUAACAGUCUUAUCUCCCUUCCUCAGCUGUGUUUUCUGAGUCAGCAGUAGUUAAAUUUUCCAGCAAGCCCUACAUGAAAGAAAGUGUAAAGGGUGAUUGCAGAUUUCCAGUCAGUGACCUCGCCUUUGAGUGAGACAGUCAACAAGUUUGCGCUUUCUACGAAGCAGUGCAGUGACAGCUGAAGCUGCUUUCCAAAAGUCAUCUGAAAGGCAAUCUCAGACGUGGUCUGACAUUAUCCAGUACCUUAAUUCUUCUCAGCACAGAAGACAAACCACCUCAAAUUUCUCAAUUUUCUGAGUUCGUGACAAUGACAACUUAUUUUGGAGUUACCUCAGCAGUGUUAUCAGUCUGGGUUAUGACAUUCAUGGCUCAAACUUACUUUAUAACAGGUUCCACGCUUUCACCUUGCAGGAUCAUGGGUGUAGGACUUUAUCUUGAUGAAAAAGUAAAUUUUUCAGAAGCAAGUAAUGUGUGCAAUCGACUGAACCUACAACUGGCAACUAAAGAACAGGUUGAGAAGGCUUUGAAACAUGACUUUGAAACAUGCAGUUUUGGAUGGAUAAAAGAUGGAUUGGUUGUCAUUCCUCGUAUAACAUCCAACCAGAAAUGUGGUCAGGGCAAAGUUGGACUAGUGAAAUGGAAUGCUAAUCGAGCUUCUAAAUUUACAGUUUACUGCUUCAAUUCUUCAGAUGUUCAAAUUAAUUCAUGUAAACCAGAUCCAACUACAACCAUAAUACCAUCAUCAAGUGUACCAUCAGACUUAACUGCAUAUUCAAGUUCAGAUGUGACUGGGAACACCACAGCAGUGCCCACUGCAACUGAACCAGAACAAACCCAGAAGAACGUGAAAUUUCGGAUAAUAUGUAUAACGGAAACCAUAUUACCAACAGAGGGGACUACUACAACAGUGCCAGAGGAAUACCACACUUACCGUCCUGCAUUUAGGAAUGAUGGUGUUGUCUUUGGAGGUAUCCCCACUGCACUCCUUGUACUGGCAGUCAUCUUCUUCAUAAUUUCAGUUCUUCUAGCAGUCUGCUACAUCAAAAAGUACAAGAAAUCCUUUCCAUUUUCAAACAAGAAUCAGAAAAAAGAAGUGAUUGAAACUAUGCCUCUCAAAGAUUCUGCAUCAAAUGACAAAGCACUUGAAAAGGAAACAAAGAAUAAUGGAAAAAAGGUAGAAGAGGCCAAAGCCAAGCCUGAAACCACAGUAAAAUGUCUAGAAGCGGAAGUUUAAGGUCAGCAGAAGUUUAAGAGAAGAAACGUACAGUUCUUUUUAGAAAUAUACAAAACAAAGCACAUAACUUAGCAAUGCUUUUAAAUGCGGGUGACUGUAAAUACUCAUGAGUUUUUUUCUCAUCUGAACAUAUGAAAACUUUUUAAUAAUUACAUCUUCAGCUAUAAAUGCCCUUGCAAAAUAAUACAUCUUACUUGCUUGAAAUAAAUGAAACAUCCAUAUUACAGUUCACUUCUUAAUAAAGAAGUUGCUGUUAAUGACAUGCUGCAUGUGACUAUUCGCGUGAAAUUCAGAUCGAUAUGUAAUGAAAAAUUCUUUUCUAUCUGUAUGAUCUCUGCUAACUUAAUGUCCAAAAUAAAACAAUACAAUCUUCAU